AUUUAGUACAAAUCCCCGGAUGUUGCAUUUUGAUGCAUUGGAUUUAUCUUCAGAUAGAAUUUAAUUAUCAAUGCUAUGCCUGCAAGUUCUUCUGACAAUAUCUACCAAAUUGAGGAGACUCUAAAGUCGUCCCUUUCUGGAGGUGGAGACUUAGAUAGUGAUAUUACUUCAUCAUCUAAAAGGAUUCUUUUGACUCAGAUUGUAUUUAAACCUGCUGAGAAACCAUAUUCAUUGCAAAUUGAUUCAUUAAGAAAGAAGUACAUACCCUUAAACCCUUCCCAGAACAAUCAAGACCGUGGCGAUGCUGAGCAUAAAAAAGAACGUAAAAUGAAUGGUUCAGGAGACGUGGAAGAUGGUUUUCCUGUACCAAAAGUGGUGUUGUACCCAGAGGAGAACGUCAAGUUAGAAUGGCGGAAGAUUCAGAGGAUUGGGGCUGGCCUAGUCAACAUGGGCAACACUUGCUUCCUGAACUCUACAUUACAAUGUCUGACUUACACAGCACCUCUUGUUAAUUAUUACAUGAGUGAUGAACACAAUUCAUCAUGUAAACAAGCUGGAUUUUGUAUGAUGUGUGAGUUACAGAGACACAUCAAAAGAUGUUAUGAGAAUUAUGGAAAUGCUAUUAAACCACAGUCAAUAUUACAGAAACUUAGAUUGAUUGCCAAACACAUGCAUUGGGGAAGACAAGAAGAUGCCCAUGAAUUUCUUCGCUAUCUGGUGGAAGCCUUGCAGAAGUCCUGUCAUAACAACCUAAAUGGAUUUGCUAAGUUGGACAAAUUUAGCAAAGAAACAACGGUAGUUAAUCAGAUUUUUGGAGGAUUUCUAAGAAGCCAGGUUCAAUGUUUGAAGUGUAAAGAGAGAUCCAAUACAUACGACCCCCUUCUGGACAUAAGUUUAGAUAUCAAGAAUGUACCAACCCUUGAGAAAGCUUUUGAGAAGUAUGUUCUUCCUGAGAUGUUAGACAAUGAAAAUGCUUACAUGUGUACAAAAUGUAAACAGAAGGUACCAGCUCAGAAAAGGUUUUCUGUUCAUAAACCUCCAAAUGUAUUAACAAUAUCCUUUAAAAGGUUUGAUUUCCAUAGAAUGAUGGGUAAGAUUACAAGACACAUCAACUUCCCUGAAAAGUUAAACAUCAGACCUUACAUGAGUAUUAGACAGGGUGAACCUGUUCAGUACAGUCUAUAUGCUGUGUUAGUACACUCAGGAGUACAUUGUAAUUCUGGUCAUUACUACUGCUAUGUCAAGUCUCCAAGUCAAAUAUGGUACUGCAUGAAUGAUUCUAUGGUUACCCAGGUCAGUGCAGCUCGAGUCUUAUCUUCAGAAGCUUAUCUGCUGUUUUACAGUAAAGUUAAACCAUCUGUACAGAAACAAAAGACACAUCUUAUUGGACCAGUACAACCAAAUAACCACAUUAACAACAAAUUCAGCACAGCUGUAAAUGGAAUAAAAGUUCAUCACAGCAACGAUGUUGGAAUGCUUGUACAGAGGAAAACAACUCCAGUCAUUAAACCCCAUACCAGUGCUUCUUCAUCAAUUUCUCAUAUUAGUCAUGACACAAGAAGACCGGCAGCUUCAACACCGCUCCCUGCAAACAGGGAAAAAGUAGCCUUUGGAAUCAGGCCGAAACAAAUGAUUAAACCACAUGACGAAAAUACAAAGGAAAAACCAAGAAUUGUAAUGCAGAUUAAAAAUGGUAAAGUGACAACUUAUGAAAAAUCUCCUAAUGGGAAGUCAAAACUGGUUCCAUAUGACGGUGAGAGUGAUUCAGAGGAUGAAAUUGGUCAGACAAAAACUAAUGGACCUGUACCCAAAGUACAAUCUCAGAUGGAUAAAAUGAAAGUAGAAAAUGAAAGUUCUGCAAAACAUAGGAAUGGAAAUGGUGUAAUCUUUGAUCAGAAACUGAAUGCAACAACUUCUGUCCCUGGAAAUCAACAUUUAUUGGAAACGUCACAAAAAGAGAGCAGAGCCAAUGGUGGGAUGAAACACAAAAAUAACGGACAUUCAUUACCCAUAAAUGCCAGUAAAGACUUAAUAUCUGAUAAGAAGAGUAUGCUUGAAAUUUCUAGUUUGUCUUGUGUUACGACUACUAAGAUUAAUGCAACAUCAAACUGGCAUGUUCUUAAUCAGGAUUUGAUCCUAAGUCCUUCGCGAGGCUCUAAUUCCAGUAAGGAAAGUAAUAAUUCUACCACUGAGUGGCAGAUCAAGGAUUCAAAAGAUGUUCCUCUAUUUCCAAAAGUGCCAAACUGCCAGCAUGCUGGAUGGAAGGUAACAGAUGGCACCAAUCAGUCAGACUCUAAAAGUGGUCAUAGACAUGUAGCAGAAACUUCAAAGGAGUCCAAUUCUUCUGUGUCAGUGAAAGAGGUCAAUGUUCAUGAUACUUUUUCAGAUGUGAGAUCUGAUCAUAACUACCAGUUAGCUUCUAAAGACAAUCUUAUAACUUCGUCUAAUGCAGAUCCAACAGAAUACAGUAAAAAACAUAAAAAGAAGAAACGUAAGCAUGAGAAAGAACAUGAAAAUAAAGAUUAUAAACAUCAGGAAUCAGUCAGCAGUUCUGACACGGAAACACAACGUAAAAAGCAUAAAAAGAAGAAACAUAAACAUAAGAAAGACAAAGAAGAGGAAGAUUUUAGUGAAAAAAAGAAGAAGAGACACAGGGAUGAUGAAGAUAAAAAACGUCACCAUGACGACAGUAAGAAAAGGAAACUGGAUACUGAGUCAGACGAUAGUACAGAACUUGUCUGGAUAGAGAAAACAAAGGACUCGUUGACCAGUAAAACAAGUCAGAGUGCUCCUGUACAGUCUUGGGAUCAUCAUGUGAAAGAUGGAUAUAAGAGACAGAAGAAUGGCUCUCACAGUAAACCUACAUGGGAUGGUAGUAAAAACUCAUCUGUGGCUGAGACCUUAGAGAAAACCGCAUCACUGCAUAGCUUUGGUCCCUCAGUUUUAUCAUGGGAUGGAGGAAAGAGCACUUUAGACAAAGAAGUAGAGAAAGAUAAAGAGAGAAAGAGACAUUGGUCAGAGGAUUAUGAUGAAGAAAUAGACACAGGAAAGGUUAAAAAGGUGAAGCAACAUUACUCAGAUACAGCUUUACAUGGAUCCAAUGUGUUUCAAUAUGUCCAGGAUGAACGGAAUAAAGAUAACUCAAAGCAUUUUAGUGGAAACCAUAGCGUUGGUCAGUCUCAUUCUUACCACAAUCAUCAACAUCAUCACCACUCAGGUUACAAAGGUCAUCACAACAGCUACCGUGGAAACCAAGGCCAUAGAGACCACAGGAAACACAACUCUGGCCAGAAGUAUUAAAGUGCUGCUGAAGAAUCAUCAGGGAACCAGUGUAAAACCAGACAGCUAUACCCAUGUUUUGUGUUAUCGGGUCACAUGAUUUUUGUCCAUGUUGAUCUCAAUGCCAUUUCAUUUUGUGUAAAAGUCGAGCAGUUAUGAAGAUGUGUGUAUAAUUGAAACAACUGUGAUUUUCUAAGAGUUGCAUCUAAUGCUAUUAUGCAUGCAUUUGUAUAUGAACUAACAUUUUUUUAACAUUCUCGUGGCUUUUUUCAAUAAAAAUUAUAAAUUAAUGAAGUUUAUAUUUGAAUGCAGGUACCAACCAUUGCAACUUUUUUGAUAAUGUUUAUGUAUUUAUUCCUGAAAUAGCUGUCAGCUGUGUUUUUGACAUGGAUUUCCCUGCUAAGUUAUUGUUUAGAAUCAUUUGAUGAUUUGUUUUCAUUGAUAGCCCUGUAAUUUUAAGCACUUUAAUGACUGAGAAAAUAUACUUCUAGAUCUCUCUGGAUUAUAUACAGUAGAAGUUGAUCUGUUCUGUCUCCUGUAUGAUUCUGUGUAGCAGUCACUGAAUGUAUUCUCAAACAGUUUUUUUUUUAAAUAAUACUUAAUGGUUAACAUCUACAUGUAAUUAUAGAUAGAAAAAAAAAACAAAUUACAGACAUCGUCAACAAUAUCUAUUGUUUGGAUCAAGAGGUGGUUUGCAUAUAUGUUGUUAUAACCUUGGUUGUAAAAGUUUCUGUGAAUAGAGUUACUAACUUAAGAAAAAUAGUCGAGAAAAUAUAUUUUGUUUUUAGUAGUAUGUUCUUUUGACAAUAUUUGAAGUGCAAUAUAUAAACUGUAAUUAUUGACUGCCACUGUACUUAAAAUAAUAAUUAAUUCGGGGAAAUAGACAGGAGUAUUCCAUAUGGGUUUCCUGUUUCAAGGUAAAGAGCCCUACUAUAUUGUUUUCCUGUUUACCAGGAUUCUAUUAUUAUAUCUUCAGGAAACUAUAUAACCAAUUUACCAACUAACCUUGUAUUCUUGAAUGAAUGUAUAAUAUUUAAUUAGAAAUAAGGCAAAAACACAACCAAUAUUAUAUCGUAAUUAAAAUAAUGUCAGAUGGCAAGAAUUAUCUCCUCACUUGUGUAGUAUUCAAAAAGAGAACAUCUUAAUGCCUUCAAUUUGUAUAUAUGUUUGAAUAAGAGGAAAAUUAUCAGGCAUAAUUCUUUUUCACAGAAAUGUGAAAUGGAAAUGGCUGUACCAUAAACUAGUCAUUGUGUAUUAUAUUUCAUAUUCCCCCAUUGCUGUGUAUUAUAAAUACAUACUAUAAUAAUAGGUUUGGGUAUGAAGCACAUCAAUUCUUGCUUAAAUUCUUGUUAAUUUGUUUUUAAGGGGAAGGGAUUUACAAUAAAAAUUGCUCCUUCUUCAUUGACAUACAUUAGCAGGAAUAAUUAUUUUGAUGACCUUUUAGCCAUAUCUUGAGUGAGGCCAUUGUCCUGCAUAUGUUUUGAAAUAUUUUCACCGGACAAUAAACUAACACAGAUCAUUAUUUUGAAGUACAGUGGUAAAAUACUUUGUUGUAUAAGGUUGAUAUAUACUAUUUUGGUUGAGUCUUUCAGUUUUAUGUUUGUUGUCUGUUUAAUAGUAGUGAGAGAGAGUUGUUUAUACUGGUAUUCCUUAUCUAUAUCCCUGUGGUUUUCCAAGUAAUGAUGUAUCAGAAAUAUGUUUAAACACCUUGGCGGAGAUCAUAAAGUUUGAUGCAUCUUUUAAAAAUAAUUUUAACCUUUGAUUUUAUAAUUGUUUUUUGGUAAAAUCAUAAAUUAGAUUAUUUUCUGAUAUAAUGAAAUAAAAAACAGUAAAUUUAAUGGAUUUAAAAAAAAUAAUUAUUACUAUUACAUGUAUUACAACAAAAUUAUUUGUAUGUACGAUUUAAUUUUUUAUUAGAAUCUAAAAUCUUGUGUGCAGAUUUUAUAUGUGAAUAAAAGCUUGCAGAAUACUUUGAGUAUUCUCAUUAGAUAAAAAUUUUGAUUUGCAAAGUUUUUAUGGUAUACUGUUAAAAACUUGCCAAGUAAUGUAUGCCUCUGAAAUACAAUGUAUGAUCUUUUUCAUUUUUACAUAUAAUUUCAUAAUACCUCCAUGUAUUAAUCACUGUUCAUCAGUUUCCAUACAUCAAUUCUUAUCAUUUGUUGUGGUUAAUAGUAUUAUCUGUAUGCUCAGUCUGUUGGGUUUUAUACUCCAUGAUAUCAUAAAAUAUCAGCCUCAAGCCGCUAUGUUAACUUUUUAGGCGAGUGAGCAAAAUAAUUACACAUUGAUAUUUUAUGAUAUAUAUUAGCAAAAAACCCUUUAAUCUGUUUAUUGUUCUAUUUCUGGUGUUUUUAUCCCUCACUUAGAGCAGUUAUACUAGAUUUAGCAAUUGGGAAGGUCCUUAUUGACUAAAAUUCUUAAGUUAUUUUGUUUAAUCAAAGAUUAAUUCAGCAAAUACCAGUUUCUGUAAUUAUAUAUUCAUUUAAAGUAAUAUCAAUCAUUAUUCAUUAUUCCAAUAAUGAAGUUCUAAAAUAAUUUCUGACUUGCUUGAUUCUUUUGAUACAGUGUGAUUCCUUCUUAACCGUGUGAGGAUGACAAGAAAAUUGAAUAAAAACCAAAAGAUUCAGUUUAUUUUAAUUGCUUCAUUAGUGUGGAACAAAAAUGAGGACAUCUCAAAGUGCCUUCUCAUUGUGCAUUGGUUGUUUUCAGCUGUCAGUUGAUUACAAAUAAAUCAUUGUUAUUUGAAAAUACUUCAUUGAAUGAUAUCAGAUUCGGUCAUGUAAGCUUGUUGUUGCUAGGUUGUUUUUUUUUUAUCAAGCAAUGAAGAAUCCACAUGUCAAUUUUCUUUCUUUUAUUCUGUACAAAAAAUAAUUAUGAAGUUACAAGUCAUUAAUCUUAAAACUUUUGUUAAACAAUGAAUGAAAACCAAUAUAAAUUGGAAGAAAAUUUGAAGAUUUUGCUACAUUAUUACUUUCAGGUAAACUAUGUUUAACUUAUAAUAUAUUUUACUUGAAAAUGAAACACUUGUGAGUUUUUAUAUUUUAACAUAUGACGAAGGUACAGGUUUGCAUUUCAGAAAAGAUUGUACAACUUACAACCAGUUGUAAACCUGAAACUAUAGGAAUGAUAACUGGUCUUAAAUCAUACAACUUUAUGUGAAAUGCAUUCCUGAACUGGUUUGUGUGAGAAAACCUUUUAAAGGAUGACUUCUUCCUACACUUUGCCUAGAGUCAACCAUUACAAUUUUAUGGUAGCAGGAUGAUCAGAUUUGAUUUUACAGAAGGGAGUACCAGUAAUUGACCAGUAAUUGAUUUAUUUAUCUUCGCUUGUUUUUGACUAAGAGAUAUUUAUUGUAUUUAUUAAGAAUUGCAAUAAUGAUUGUAUAAAAUUAAUGGUUGAUAGAUUGAAUGUUAUCAAGAAUUUAUUUGAUCAUGAAUUCAGAGUGAAAUAUAUAUAAAUAAAAUCAUAAAAUUCUU